CAUUCGGCUUUAGUGUUUACAUGUGAGAGGACAAGUUACAAACUAAUUUCACUCAAGUUAUGCCGUGUUAUCGGUAACUUUAUCAGACAUUUUUUCUAAGAGAACGAAAGUGACUGGAAUGGAAAGUCUGAAUGCUUGUCAUUCUUAAUCGUUAAGAGGUGAAGCAAUGUAAACACAGGAGGCCAAGUUCCAAAUGAAGUGCGAUGUCCAGAAGAAGUGUUAACGGGGAUGACCUUGACCUGAGUCUGACAGGGUCUCAGAUAUCAAGUUCAGGGCGAAGACCUGGAUCUGGGAGACAGUUAAAGAGACCCAAUUCCUUGGUGGAUAUCAGGACUGCAAAGACAUCCAGCAGCAAUGAUGUGUUCCUCUCCGAUAGGGACAAGAGGAAAUCACCAAGAGGACCACCAGCACCUGUCAGUGGGCGGGGCAGUGAUGUCAGUGGAGUGGCCUCAAGCAGGAUCUCCGGUCGCAAGAAGGAUUCGUCUGCUAAAGAGCCCAAUGUGAAGGAUGAUUUCCUUGCCCUGUUUGAGUCCUCCCAUCAGCCGAAGAUCAAGAGGCCCGGCAGCACACCAUCCAAGGUCAAGAAGCCUGGGGCCAGCUCAGUCAAGACAGCAUGGGAACAGCAGCCCAGUAAGCCUGCUGUCCCGAGUGGUCGUACAGCCUCUGCCCGGUCGGAGGCAGUGGACACAGACAGGACUGAGCCACACAAUAUAUUCCAGCCUGACACAGCAGACAGUAGUUCUGAUGACUUGGAUCAAAUAGAGGACACCCUUUCUCGCUCCCUAAAUAGACUGCAGAGUCUUCAAAAUCAGUUGUCUGAGGCCAACAAGAACAAUUCAUCCUCUACGGAUGACCCAGAAGUCCUUAACAGUCAACGUUCCAACAGAUCCACCUCGAGGAAAAACAUGAAUAGUAUUGUUAAUAAUAUGACCGCCCAAGGGCAUUCUACAAAAACAAGACCCUCUUUGUCUUCAAUGGAAAACUCUUAUCAGAAUAUCAAACCGAAAGCUCCCGUGAAUCAAGUUCGUAAAGCUGCAUCUAAUCAAGUCGGUAUGAAUGUAGCUGAAGAUUAUAUUCAAACAUUGAAUACUGCUGCUUUAAAGAUACAGCGGUGGUUUCGUCGCCAUCACAAACGGAAGAUGGUGAGCGAGGCUGCGAUGAGACGAUUGUUUGACCAGAAACGACAGGAGCAUGCUGAACUGAGACAGCAGGAGCUUGCCAUGUCUACACAAGAAGUGGACGAGCAGCGUGCUGAUGAGAGAAAGAAGCAGCGAGAGGAAAAGGCCCGGCAAGCCCGGCUACAGGCCAUUCAGGAGCUGCAGAAGAAGAGAUCUGAGAAGAGAGAGGAAGUGAAAAAGAAGGCAGAGGAAGAGGUGGCCUACCUCCAGGCAAGUGGUAAGAUCACAAAGAGUCCCUCCAGGUCAUCUUUAGCCAAGAAAAAGGGGGGUUCCAGAAAUGGGUCCAAGAGGGGGGCUUCUAGUCCCAGAGAGGGUCAGGACAAUGCUUCACAAUCCACACCCAGAGAUGGGGGGCAGAAUGGCAGCGCUGCACCUGGCAACGUGGAGGACAUGUUCCAGAUGCCGUCAUCACAUCGCGAGGAGGCGGAGGGUGCAGGUGCCGACCCCUCUCCUCGUCUGCCCAGUCCCAGUCAGGCUGCCACCAGGUCAACGCUCAAUGACCUGUUUGACACACUCAAGAAACUUGAGGAAGAGGAGAACUUUGUCACUCCUCGAGCAGAGAAAAGAACAUCAUGGUUGACAGAAUUGGAAAAGAGGAAAGAAAAGGAAGACUGCAUUGAAUCUAAUCUGACCGCAGAGAACUUGGAGAAACUCAAUUCAAAACAUGGCCUGAAACAAAGUGGUUUCCUGACUGAUGGAAAGCUGAAGAGUAUUAUGACGUUUUUGGAUGAGGUGCAAGUCAGUGAUCGUCUUAGUGAGAUUGACACCGAGAUCAACAAGAUGAAUGAGGAGCUGGAGAAGCCAGCGCUGUUGGUGCCGUCGGGGGAGGAGUUGGCCCAGCUGGAGCAGGCCCAGGCUGUGGCCAGUGAGGUGACUAGCACAGUCCUGUCACAGCGCCUCGAGCUGGAUGAGAAACGCAGGACUGUUACUAUGCUACAGAAAGCCCUGAACCAGCAGAGGGAGCUGACAGUGCGGCAUGCCAGGGAGACUGAGAAGGAGAUGAAGAAGAGGCUGGACCACCAGAAGGAAGAGUACGAGGAAACCGUCAAGAGACACCUUGGCUUCAUUGAUCAGCUGAUUGAUGACAAGAAGACACUCAGUGAGAGAUGUGAACAAGUGGUGAAGGAACUGAAAGUCAUUGACAAGAAAUACCAGGAUAAGAUAAAGUCCAUGGAUGACAGCCAUGGCCGUGAGAUGCAGAAGCUGAAGGACAUCCAUGCUGCUGCUGAGAAGUUGAGGAGAGAGAAGUGGAUUGAGGAGAAGACCAAGAAGAUCAAGGAGAUGACAGUGAAGGGUUUGGAGCCAGAGAUCCAACGUCUCAUCGCCAAACACAAAGCAGAAAUAAAGAAGAUAAAACAGCUCCAGGAGGGUGACAUCCUUGAAUCUGACGAGCGGGCUUCACAUCGCUAUGUGAAGAUGAUGGAGGAACUGCGUGAACAGCUGGAGCAGGAGAAGGAAGCAGCAUGCAACAGGGAGAGGCAGAUGGCCAAGGAGAGGUAUGAGAAGCAGUUGCAGCAGGAGGAGGAGUCGUACCAGCAGCAACGGCGACGGCUCCAUGCCGAGGUACAGGAGGAGAAGGAGAGGCUGUCCCAACAUGCCUCCCGGCAACGCACUGAAGUGGACAAGCUGCAGAGACAGCUGGAGGACAGCCACAAGAUGGCGCUUGAUGCCAUGAAGUCAGAGUUUGAAAAGGCUCGAGAAGAACAGGACAGGCGACAUGCUAUUGAGGUCCGUGAGCUGAAUGAACGUUUGCGUGUUGAGAAAGAGGCAUGGGAGGAGAACUACAUGAAGAAACAGGAGACGUGGCUGACUCAGAAGGAGCGGGAACUCAAGUCCCACGUGCGGAGAGACCGGGACAAGGAGAUAGAGCUGGUUAUACAGCGGCUGGAAGAGGAUGCCACACGGUCUAGGGACGAGUGUGAGCGAGCUGCAGAAAACAGAAUCAAACGAAUGCGGGACAAGUUCAAUAAUGAAAUGAAGGAGCUCGAGAGUUCCGAGAGGCAUGCAGUACAGAAGUACAAUGAGAUGAAGGCUCAGCUGACGGAGAUCGAAGGUGAAUGUGAAAGGUUGAAGGUCAUUGUUAGACAGAAGGAUCAGGAAGUCCUGGAUAUAAAGAAGCUGACAGACCGGCUUCAUGAGGAACGCAGCCAUGUAUCAGAUAUCAUUCGCCAGGAGUUUGCUGACCGCAUUGUUACCACAGAGGAGGAAAACAAAAGAUUGAAAAAUGAAAUGUCAGAAUUGAGAGCAAAACACCGAAUUGAAAUCGAGAGGGGCAAGACUGACAUCGAAGAAAUCAAAAGACAAAAAGAUGAUGAGAUGGAGGAGGUACACAAGAGGGUGAAGCAGGCCAUCGUGAAGAAAGAGGAGGUGGUGAACCAGCUGCGGCAGCAGUACCAGGCUGCCACCAAACGUGCAGACCACCUCGAGGGGCUCCUCAACCAACAGCGGAAACAGCUCCUGGGGAAGAAAGCUACAUAGUACCCUCAAGGCAUCAAUGUCCUCAUGCGUAGACAUCACAGUAUGGCUAGUUUUAUCUCACCUUGACACCAUCAAAGUGGGCACUUUUUAUGGGUCUUUGUCUGUUGUCCAUCCACCAUUCUGUAUUUAGCACUGGACUUGAAAUAGUUUCUUCUCCUUAUCAGCUAACAUGUAAAUAUGCUUUUUGCAUCAUAUGUUCUAAAUGUUCAAGAUUACAUGAGGGAUGUUUAUCUCCUCAGUAACCAUUGGAGAUACUCCAGUCUUCAGGGGAUGUUCAUUAGAUUCUUCCUGACAAUGAAAUAAGGUUUAAGAUUUAUUAAUUCAAAACGAGUCAUAGCAUUUGUAAAAAAUAAGGUGUGUAGAAUAAGUUGAACAUCAAAUUAUAUCUACCACAUGUUCACUGAACUUUAAGAACUUUAAGCGGAAUUAUAAUCAGUGGCAAAUAGUUAGAAAUCUAUCAAACAAUGAAUGGUCGGAUGUCUAACUUUUUAAAGAGCAUUAUGUCAUUCAAACUGGACCAAUUGUCAUGAUAUUUUUUAUGUUCCUAUAGACCAGGAAACCUUUUCAGAUCAUCUGAAUAAUCCUAGUACAAUGCCAAACUUGAUAAGUAUUACAUGGCUAUUUUUACAGGAUUUUUAAAAAACAAACCUACAGCUAAAAUCGUAUUGCUAAACUGGAACCUCAUUACUCGACAUCAUGCUACUCACAUUAUCUCUGCGGAGGUUUUAUGUCAUUUAAUAAAGGUGAGCUUCUGUACCUCUGGUACUCUGUGUAUUUAUCACUCACAUCUAAGUGCUUCAGUUACAUUGUUGUACUAUUUAUAUGUUUGGUAGUAAGCGCCCAUGAAGUCCUGAUGUGUAUGUUUUUGUUAUUACUUAUUACAAGCUUCAGAGCUUGUAUGUAAAUAGUAUUUUAUGUUUGAAUGUUUUUUACUAUUACAAAAGUAUUUAUUUAAUACAAAACAAGAAAUAUAUCUUUGAUCAUUUGUCACAGACUGUUUCAGUAGUACACCCCCACAUUAAAGUCAUAGCAAAAAAAUAUAUUUGAAAUAUUAUAUCAGCAGUAACACACUUUAUAACACUAAAGAAAAAUAAGCCGUCCACCAAUAUUUUCAUUGCCUAAGAAUCCAUUGUUUUGUACUGUUUCAGUGUAACAAAGUUACCAUUCAUAUUGAUUGAUUUAUGUGAGAUACAUCUUGUUAAUGUUAUGGUACUUGUGAAAGUUUUGAGUUACAUAUCAAUUAUUUGUGAUUUUUUGUUAGUGCUGCUGUUGAAUGAGAUAAGGUGGUCAGUGUACAAACUGUCACAACCCUUGUGGUAUGUCUUGAGUCCAAUACUGUAAUCAUUAUGCUUUUGUCGUGACUCUUGUAAUGCCGUUAAGAUAUGGGGUAGAAGAGAUCUUCAGCAACCCAUGCUUGCCGUAAAGACGACUAUGCUUGUCGUAAGAGAUCACGGGAUCAGGUGGUCAGACUCGCUGACUUGGUUGAUGCAUGUCAUCGUAUCCCAAUUGCGUGGAUCUAUG